AUGUCUGGAUCAGGAGCUCGCGAAAAUAUCUUUGCGACACGCAUGGCGCUCACGAACACCAAGCUGCGGUUGAAGGGUGCACAAACAGGUCACUCGCUGCUAGCAAAGAAGCGAGAUGCAUUAACGACGAGGUUCAGAGCGAUUCUACGCAAGGUUGAUGAGGCGAAGAGGAAGAUGGGACGCGUGAUGCAGCUGGCAUCGUUCUCAAUGGCCGAAGUGACUUAUGCGACGGGAGAUAUUUCGUAUCUUGUCCAAGAACAAGCGAAGCAGGCUACAUUCAGAGUGAAGACGAAGCAAGAGAACGUAUCCGGAGUGGUGCUCCCGGCCUUCGAAGUAGAUCGCGUACCGGGAUCAGAUUUCAACCUGACGGGUCUGGGUCGUGGAGGGCAACAGGUGCUGAAAGCCAAAGAAACCUACGCGAAGGCAAUUGAAACCUUGGUCGAACUUGCGUCAUUACAGACAGCCUUUACGAUUCUCGACGAAGUCAUCCGAGCAACCAACCGAAGAGUCAACGCCAUCGAACAUGUCGUCAUGCCCAGGCUAGAAAACACGAUCAAGUAUAUCAUGAGCGAGCUGGAUGAGAUGGAUCGAGAGGAGUUCUUCAGAUUGAAGAAGGUCCAGGGCAAGAAGAAACGGGACACUGCUGCUAGACAACUAGAAGAGGCGGCGAAGGGAGCUCCUGACGAGGAAGCUAUAUUCACAGCAGACGACUCGGCAGCCACGGACUUGUUGAGUAGCAAAGAUGACGAUGUGAUAUUCUAG